AGGUCAGGCCUCGAAGCACACUCGAAGAGUCCGCGUGCUACCGUCGCGUCGCAUCGCGUCGCGUCGAUUCUAAAAAUAAUCCAGGAUUGUGCCCGCGAGGACUGAUAGAUAAUCGCACUAAUGCUGCAUUUCCUAGGCGCCAUGAUCCAAGCGCUCAUGAUCGUGACAGAAUUUGAUCGGGUUUCGAUUUUUAAAAGCGCAUUAUUAUUUAGCGUUAUUUUCCACGGUAUCUCUUACAUAAUUGCUGCGGGAGAGAUAAGAAGCAUGAAUUUUACGACGCAGAUGAUAUGAUAUCGUUGUUUUGAUUGCAAAGUUCCGAAAGCUGUGAAGUGUUUUUCCUUCCUCACGCAGAGGAUUCUUUCGUUCGGGAAUAGAAUUCGAUUCAGUGCACAGUGCCAAAAAUCUCAAAACGAUUCUCAAUUCUACUGCAUGGAAAAUGUCACUAAAACAACGAUGAUACUUCAACAAUCGAAUAUUCGAACCAAUUUCUGUUGAAGCAAAUCCACUUGAGAUUAAUUUAAAAUUAAGAUCUCAUUAUCCAUUUGUGCGUCGGAACAUUUUAAUGUUCAAAGAGGAAAAAUGAAAAGUAAAAAAAAUUAUAUAACCAGGUCACCAAUGAAAUUUUCAUCGAGGAAAUAUCGAUUCCUUUUAUUACAAUUCACAUUUUACAAGUAGUCAUUUUUAAACGUAUCAAUGAAUCAUAGUUUCCUAUUUUGCGCGUAUUCAUCUAUUUAUAUUUAAUGAUUCCUAAUUCUUAAUAAUCAAGUAAAUGAAUUAUUGAGUCUUGUUCACAUGCGUGAUAAGGAUCGACUAGCCUAACGUGCACGUGCGAUUAUUAUGCAGCGUCAAUGACGCGUCAUCGCACUCGACUUUGAAACACUGUUGUGCAGUCGAAGGUCUCGCGUUCAGGAAAAAGCAAGCGUUGCGCUUUGCGAAUACUAAGAUUGACUUCAAAGUAGCUAUCGAUUGACAUCGGGUUUUCCGCAAUCGCCAGCGGCGUCUUUCCGUCUUCCGGGCCCCGCGUAAUUUCUCUCGAGGAUCACAUUAAAAUCAUAGAACAAACCCUCUGCCAAUAAUCUUCCUGACAACGCUAUUUCGUUGACAUCAAGAUUGAUCGAAUCCGCAUAUAAAAGUCGCGGGACGACCAGAUAAUGUACGCUUGGCGAAGGAGAAGAUAAUGGAAAUUCUGGACACACGACAAAGCAAUAGAGUGACCAUGAAGUUGGACGUUAGUUACACCGACCAUUCGCACAUCAUCGGCAAGGGCGGCCUGACGAUUAAACGAGUGAUGGAGGAAACUGGCUGUCACAUCCAUUUCCCAGACAGCAAUCGUAGCAAUCAUCAAGACAAGAGCAAUCAGGUCUCCAUCGCUGGCGAGAUGGAGAACGUCGAACGCGCCCGUGCUCGUGUUAGGAAUCUGACGCCUCUGAUCUUUUCCUUCGAGCUGCCUAUAAUGGGCGCCUCGCAGAGCAUGCCAGACUGCACCUCGCCGCACGUGGUGAAGAUACAAGAGAAGUACAACGUACAGGUGAUGUUUCGCACAAGACCGAAGCUGCACGCCACCCUGGUGGUUGUCAAGGGAUGCGAGUGGGAGGUUGCCCAAGUCAAAGAAGCGACGUAUCUGCUGAUUCGUUAUAUGUGCAAAAAUCUAGCUAGUCAAAUCCAAGUACAAAUGUCGAUGGAGAUCUCACCCCAACACCAUAGUAUCGUGUUAGGGAAACAGAGUAGCAAUCUGAAGAUGAUAAUGCAGCGUACCGCCACACAAAUUAUGUUUCCCGAUGCCGGCGAUCCGAAUAUACCCAGUCUCAAAAAGAGUAACGUCACUAUUACUGGCGACAUAAACAAUGUUUACUUGGCCAGACAGCAAUUAGUGGGCUCGUUACCACUGGUACUUAUGUUCGAUCUGCCGGAAGACUCUAUGACCGCUUGCGUGGAUACCGAAAAGAUCUCCCAGCUCAUGCAAUCUUUGGACGUGUUUAUCAACGUUCGUCACAAGCCGAAGCAGAGUACGCUUUCCGUGAUUAUCAAGGGAAUCGAGAGGAAGGCCAGUAAUAUUUACAAGGCGCGGAAGCAGUUGCUGGGGCUGGACGAGCCCACAGUUGUCGCCGAUAUACCAGUCACUUAUCACAUUCCGAAUGCUGGCAAUGUUUUCCAAAGCAAUUCCAAUAACGAUAGUCCCACUAAUAAUCUGAUCAGCGGCGUACAAGAAAACUUCUCGAGCAUGUUAAAUGUGAACACGCAAAAUUCGCCGUACUGCGUGUCGCCGAUUUCACACUCGCCGAAUUCUCUGGGACUAUCGUCACACUGGAGCCUCGCUCAUCAUUAUAUUCCGUCGAUGUGUCCGUAUCCCUACUCUCAUUUGAAUCACCUGCUGACGACACAACACAUGCUGCACAACAACAUGAUGGGAACUUCUCAUGGGCCCCAUGGAUUAUCGAACCAUGUGUUGCCUCCCGGUAUCGGAGCGUUUCACCAUAACAACGUACCGACCAACUUUUCCGGUCUCCACGGUUUGAACGCUAAUUCGAUGAUGGAUACUAAAGACGGUAGCAGUGCUUAUUCUUCGCUGAGCAGCGUUUCUAGCUCUUUAUCUAGUCCCGCCAUUAGUCCUCGUAAUAUUUCACCAGUCAAUCCUACGGACGCUAAUACUAACUUAGCGGAUCUAUCGAGCAUGUUGUCGGAUUUACCGGUCACCGAUCGACGUGCACCUGGUUGCGAGAAGAAAUCACUCGAGAUAGCUGCGCAGCAGAAUUUCACGCCCUUCGACUACGAGCAGAAAAAGUUGCUGGCCACAAAGGCUAUGCAGAAUAAAUCAGGCAACGAUUUCCGCGUGCCAACGUCUGCUUGGUCCGGUUACGGUCUCAGCCAAAGUAUUCCGCCCAUAACUACGAGUGACUUAAGCAAGGAGCUAGCGCAUCCUUCAGACUUGUGGAAUGAACCAACCACGCCGGUAUUCAGAACCGAGAUGGAUUUCGGUAGUAUUAUCUCGAGCAAAGACCGCGUGGGACAGAUCGGGAUGGCCUCAAAUUAUAUGGACCAUACGCCGACCUCCCAUUUGAACAAAAUUACGUCGUCCCAUCGUUUCAACGAUCUGAGCAGCAUGUUGACUAGCAUCGGCUUGGAUAAGUAUAUACGCCUGUUCACAUCUCACGAGGUGGACAUGGCCACGUUUCCUUCCCUGACAGAGAAGGACCUUUGCGAAAUUGGAAUUACCGCAUGGGGUGCGAGGCGCAAAAUAAUGCUAUUAAUAUCUGAAAUGAACAAACAGACUAGUCCGUUCUCUGGCAGCGCUGCACCCGGUGCUGAACGGAAGGCGGCUUCCUCCUCGUCGGCGUCUACAUCGUCGAUGGGCAAAUGCAAUUUGGACACCAAAUGGUAAAAGAAAAAUGGUCGCAUGUUACCCGUUCCGAACGCAGUGGCGGCGUGUCAGCGCUGUCAAAAGCCGAUCUCAGGGAACCGUUGCACACCGAUCGAAAUUACGGAAACAGAUAUAUACAUACGUACUUAAUAAUGCUGAUCGCGUGCAUAAUUGCGGGGACCAUUACACCGUUAUAUCGGUCGUUCGGACGGAACAAACGCGAAUUUACGGGAUAUCCAAAAGGGCUUAUCUGGCUAUUCGGCCCGUGAGAACUCGACAGACGCGAUACGAAUGGCCAAAUAGCUCACAUGUUGUUGAUUUGAAAUUACUUAAGUAUCAGGAAAAAAAAUUCUUAUUUUGAUCGAGAACUGGCUGUAUUAUUUUUUUUUCUCAUUUUUUUUUUCGCUGUUCUCGGCGCGCGGCCAGAAGUGCCUUAGGAUUUAGGAUAGUCGUUAUUAUUUUUGCAAUCAUGUUAUCCACGGACAUCCGCGUCGUUAUCGUUUCGUAUUUGCUGAUAAAUUUUUCUAGCAUGAAUAUUAGCAAUCUGAUCGAGUCUGCGAUUCAAUUAACACUUACAAAACAAAGCGCGUUAGUUGCGUGGCAAAAAAAAGAAUCAUAUUUAAUCGAAUUAUAUUUGAAACUUUUGCGAAACGUCGACGCGCGUGUCUCGUUCGUUGGUUCGCUUGAUGACCGGGUGAUCAGUAUGUAUGAAUGAAUGUGCGUGUGCGUGCAUGAAAUAUCGGGCAAAUGUUUCGAGAAAAUCUUAAAAAAAAAAAUCAAAAAGGAGUUGCAGCAGUUAUUAGAAAUUUAGAAUAAAAUGCGAUGGGCGAGGGAUGUCCCGUGUGUUCAGCGGCCUUUCGUCCUAGCAAAAAUUCACAUAUAUUUAAUUCAGACUAAGCUCGAAUGCAACCACGGGUCGACCGCGAAGCUGUAAUUCUCGAUUGAAACCGCCGGAAUAAGCGAUCGAUGCUAAUCUGUGAUUCGACAUCGCGCGACAACCACAUGCAGUCACGGUAGAUCACGCGUGAGGUUGCGAUCUCGAGUUUUACAAAAUAAGUAUAAGUUGCAAAGUAUUUAUUAAUUAUUUCGCGAAAGACGCUGGACGCACGUCAAACAAUAGACCGCAAGAACUUUUCGUGUAAAGCAUGUGUUGAAGACAGAACGGUGUAAAACGAAUUCUACAGCACAAAUGUAUUCCAUUUGUCACUCUCCGCGCCACCGAUACUUUUCGAGGAGCCAGUUGAAUUGAGUAUCAUUACCAAAGUACAAUAUUUGCGACGACGAUCAUCGCGUUAAUUAUAGGAAGCCUUAUUAAAUUAACUCUAAACUUGGCAGAGUAAAAAAAAAUGAAUUUGAAAUUGUAUUAUAUAAAAACUAUAUAUAGGUAUAUAAUGUAUGUAAAAGAAUUAUAUAUAAAAAAUUCAUGAGUUCAUAAGAUGAUAUUCAGAUAUGCAAAAAACUGUUAUCUUAAAAUUUAAUAUAAUUCUUUUUCCAAGAUUUACUUAUGACAUUAAGAAUACGAUUGAUAAUUUGGACGAAAUAUGCAACUAUGAUUUAUAUCUAUGAAUCUAUGCAUUUAAAAACGAUACAUUGCCAAGUUUAGAUCCUUCCGAUUGUCGCAUGCCGAGAGCUCCAUUGGUUGCAGUCGAUUUCGCAAAACGAUUGUUUUAUAGACAUAAGAUAUAUCUCGUUCUCGAUAAUAAUUUAUUCGAAUUUUUAAGCGUAAUUUUUGUUAAUUUGUUUUUGGAACAAAGGAAUGAAAGCGUUAGGUAAAUUAGUUCUUGAUUCACGCGCGCAUUACUAUUCAGAUGUCAAUGUAACGUCUUAUACAUAUCGAGUUAAAAUUGAACGAAGAAUACGAUUAUUACUUGUUUUGCAGAGGAAAGAAAAUCGGUUCUCUCGUGAAAUCAUUGAAUCGUGCAAACAUAGAUCCACGAUCGACAUUCUCAAGAAUCGUGUCAGAUUCCUGCGUAAAGAGUGGAAACAAAAAAAAAAGAAGAUCGAAUCGCGCGAUCGAGCUGAUCGAACAUGCCUAACGAAAGAUUUUACUGCGAAGAGUUCUUGACUAAGUCUUUUGCGAAAUCUUUUUAAGCGUAAAUUAUUUGUGCGCUCGCGAGAUAGAAUCGGAACAUUAAAGAGGAAGAAGUUAAAUGAGAAUAAGAAUAUGUAUUUCGCAAAUACGUGUGAUAUAAUAUUGGACUGUCUGGUUCUAUUGUCCGUUUUCUUUUUUUUUGCUCAAUGGUGAUAGAGUAACGAUGACCUAAAAAACAGAAAGCUCCCAAGAUUCUCCGGAGCGAUCGUGCAAUCCGGCUCGUCACAUGGGCUACGAUAAUAAUUGCAAGAGCAAAUAGAUGAAGAUGAUAUGCCGCGAAACCUAGUUAACUAUAUAAAAUAAUAUACAAAGUGAUAAUCUACAAAUCUAUAGAUUUUGACAAUUUUACUGUUUAAGAGAAUAACUAACGAACUUUAUCUUUCAAUGUCUGUAGAAGUCUCUUGUGUAGUUAAUUACUUUAGCAGGAAAAAAUCUAAAAUUUUUAGCAAUAAAAUUCGGAAACACUUCGUUAGAAAUUAUAUUGUAAAAUGCUGUAUUUUGCUACGAUGGCAUCAAUAUACUCGUUAUUAUAUCAGUGAUGGCAUAAUUUUUAAAGAAUUUCAUUCGUUAAAUCUCAUUGUUAACGACAAUUAAUACGAUCUUAAAUUUCAGAAAAGUUUAAAAGACACUUAGAAAGACUUUAAGGAUACGAUAAAAUUUUUUCCAUUUGAAAAAAUUAAGACCUCUUUGAAUAAUUUCUACAAGAUUCUUUAAAUUUUUAUGUUGUCUAAAUGCUGCAUAUCACCUUUAUCCAAUUGCAUCUGCAAUUAUGCCGUGUUCUGAUACAGGGACAAAAAAACAUUCUUUUGCCCCUUAUGAGCGAUGAUCGUUAUCUACAAAAGGAGUACGGAUCGGUAAAGGGUUUCGUAACGAUAAUCGCCGAAGAAAAAUAUAAAUGUAAGUGCAUGAGGAGUGCAUGACUGAACGAAUAUCAUGUGUAAUAUAUCCAUUGUCGCUGCGGAUAAAAUGUACACGUACGCAUAAUCGUGAAUCAACGAAGCAGCAUCCUCGCGUCCAAAAAAAAGGCAUUCGUUCAAAAGUCGUUGGUACUUUGUUCCUUACACAAAAGGAAAGCCUUCCGAUUUCGAGGAAAUAUCUUUCGAAAAUAUGCGCAAUAGAAUUCGAGAUGACAAUACCUUGUAUAUAACGGCGAGAUCGUCCCUUUGCCGAUCAAUAAAUCGACGGUUUCUUUGCCUAGUCCUGAGAAGAAAUCUGUCAAUGUUCCUACGUGAAUAUGCACCGAUCCCGUGCAAGGUUUAGAGUUAUACGGGUAAAUAUAUAGGUAUAGUCGCGGAAAUUUAGCCUUUAAAAAGAGAGGGAAAUGCGCGUGCGAGGAGAAGAACGACGACGACGACGAACAAGACAAAGAGUUUCUAGGUAGCGAUCUCGAGCGUUUCGGUUAACGAGAAUCGAUUUACGUCGGGAAGAGGGAAGAUCACACUUUCAAACUGUAAAACCAGUUUUCUUUUUCACUACCACUUUUCUCUAGUCUCUACUCACUUGACAUUUUUUGCAUACAGCAAAUAACAUGACAUAACUUCCCUCUCCUCCUCUGUCGAAACAAAAGAAAAAGAAAAAAAAGCGAAGAUAAGAUUUAGCCUGAAAUCGGGCAUAAUGCGUGUAAUCAAUUGCGCUCGAUCUCGUUCGCGAAAUUUACGCGACUUGGAUUCCGUUGCGUUUACGGGAAUGCGUUGUAAAUCUUCGAAAUUGCGUAUCGCAAGCAUACAUUCUCACUGUAUCUUUGCGCCAAAAAACGGGACAGAGAAAAUAUUACGAACCAUUAAUAUUGUUUCAUUAUAGCAACUGUGGACUCGUUCUUUCCUACCUAACUCAUUCAGUUUUAGAUAGUUUAAUACGAUUUGUACGAAUCGUUCAGAAUUCAAAUGGAUUAAGCUUAUAAUUUGUAGGAUUGACUUCAAAUAAACUCUAUUUGAUAAUCUCAUGCAAAUUAUGAGUUGAUCCAUUUAGCCUUCAAUAUCUUCAGUGACUUUCUUGGUUUUUCCAUGAAAAAUGAUAUAUAAAUUUGAAAAAAAAAAAA